UAGACUGAUUUGAUUUUUAACUCGCUGCCUUCCUGUGGGAAUAAGUGUGUCUCUGACUCUAAAUCUCACUUUCAUUGGUCCCUAAUUUUGGGACCCUCUGCCUGGAAAUAUGGCUCAAACUCAACCCUCGGUCAGGCAAAUUUUUUGGGGCCCCACAGAUUGAUGUAUUUUUUUAAAUAUAAAAUGAGAGUUUGACCUGAGCCAUCCUCUACCGUCUACAAAAAUGUUUCAAGUGACCAUCACUAGGUGCAAUUACACAAACCCCCACGUGUCAUUCCUUAGAUGUCUGACGGGGACCUACAUACAAAUAAAUCCCAUUCUCUUUCUCACCCCCCCAAACUCUAUUUAUACCCCAUUUUCUCUUCCUUUCAUUCCAAAGCGCACCCUCUCUUCCAUCUCCUCGCACUUUCUCUUCUCUCCCUGUAUGCUUUCCUUUUUUUUUCAAAGGAACAAGCGCAAAACACUCUUGCCCUCGAGCACACCCAAAACCAGAGAAACCCUUCUGACUUCUCCCUUUUAAAAGCUAUGGCUUCUUUCACAGGUAGUUGUGCCAAAGCCCAGAUUUCCCAUCCUCUUUCCUCCUCAACAGUAGAUUUGGGCUUCUCUCCAACAUCCUUCAUCUGGAAGAAGCGGCAGCCCAAUAAAACUAGUCUUACGAGAAGCAACAACAUCUACAUUAUUCACUCAGCUUUGCACUCUCCUUCGGUUCUCCAUAUCCAAAAGCAACCAUAUGAAAACCCCUUAAUCCCCUGGGAAGACACGUCAUUAGUAAAACGCAAAACCCCGCACAAGCCCCAACAACAGCCGCAGUGGAACUUCCUCCAAAGAGCUGCAGCCAUGGCCCUUGACAUGGCUGAAAGCGCGUUGGUAUCACGCGAGCUACAACACCCACUUCCUAAAACCGCUGACCCACGUGUGCAAAUCUCCGGAAAUUUCGCUCCCGUCCCUGAAAAACCCGUCAAGCAAUCUCUUCCAAUCACCGGCACCAUCCCUUCUUGCAUUAACGGCGUUUAUGUCCGCAACGGCGCCAACCCUUUAUUCGAACCCAUUGCUGGCCACCACUUUUUCGACGGUGAUGGCAUGGUACAUGCCGUUUCCAUUGGUAACGGGAACGCCAGCUACGCUUGUCGUUUUACUGAAACGCAAAGACUUUUACAAGAAAAAGAAUUGGGCCGCCCUGUUUUCCCUAAAGCAAUUGGUGAACUACAUGGCCACUCAGGGAUUGCCAGGCUUUUGCUUUUUUAUGCGAGAGGUCUUUUCGGCCUUGUUAAUCACAAACAAGGCACUGGAGUUGCUAACGCUGGCUUAGUAUAUUUCAAUAACCGACUUCUAGCUAUGUCCGAAGAUGAUCUUCCUUACCAUGUGCGCAUCACUUCCUCAGGUGAUUUAGAAACAGUUGGAAGAUACAAUUUUGAUUAUCAACUUAAAUCCACAAUGAUUGCACAUCCCAAAAUUGAUCCUUUUUCCAAGGAACUCUUUGCUUUGAGUUACGAUGUUGUCCAAAAGCCUUACUUGAAGUACUUCAGGUUUUUACCUGACGGUACAAAAUCACUAGAUGUCGAGAUUCCUCUAUCCGAACCAACUAUGAUGCAUGAUUUUGCCAUCACCGAGAAUCUCGUGGUGAUCCCUGAUCAGCAGGUGGUGUUCAAGCUACAAGAAAUGAUUACCGGCGGCUCUCCUGUGAUUUACGACAAGAACAAGAAGUCCCGGUUUGGGAUUCUUUCUAAAAAUGCAAGUGAUUCUAAGGAUAUUAUAUGGGUUGAAUCGCCUGAUACUUUCUGUUUUCAUCUCUGGAAUGCCUGGGAAGAGCCAGAAUCGGAUGAAGUUGUGGUGAUUGGUUCCUGCAUGACACCUCCUGACUCUAUUUUCAACGAAUGUGAGGAGAGUUUAAAGAGUGUAUUGUCCGAAAUCAGGCUUAAUUUGAAGACAGGUAAGUCCACGCGCCGCCCAAUAAUCUCAGAAUCAGAGCAAGUGAACUUGGAAGCAGGGAUGGUGAACAGGAACCGGCUUGGAAGGAAGACACGGUAUGCUUAUCUUGCCAUUGCUGAACCAUGGCCUAAAGUGUCAGGAUUUGCGAAGGUUGAUCUUUUUACUGGGGAGGUAAAAAAACACGUUUACGGUUAUAGAAGAUAUGGUGGGGAACCGUUUUUCUUACCUCGAGACGACAAUUCUGAAUCUGCUGAAGAUGAUGGCUAUAUUCUUUCCUUUGUUCACGAUGAGAAGAAUUGGAAAUCAGAGCUUCAUAUUGUGAACGCCAUGAAUUUACAGCUUGAAGCUUCAAUUAAAUUACCGUCCAGAGUUCCAUACGGCUUUCAUGGAACGUUUAUAGACGCUAAGGCCCUGGUCAAUCAAUCUUAAUUAAACGUAAAUUAAGUUAAAAAAAUUACCUUACAGGGAGAUUUUUACCAGAGGGAUGGUUCAGAGUACAGAUCCCCGGAUUCUCCUGGAAAUUUAUUUUUUUGGGUUACGUAUGGGUUUUUUUUACCCCUUUGUUAUAGGUUUCAAGGAACCAACUUUGUAGCUUUUAAGCAUGUAGCUAUAGAAUUUGAGCUCAGCUGGUUUCUGUUUCCUUCUUUCUUUUAAUUUCAUUUUUAU